AUGAGUCCGCGAAAGGUUGCGGUGAAGUUGGAUGCCGAUGAGUCGUUCGACACCCAACUCGGUCCAAUUCACAAGCGACUCAAACUCGACUCGGUUCCACAGUUGGGUUUGGGGCCUGGCAAGUUUGAAGUUCCUCCUUCGCUGUACCAUCCCCUGGAUGAACCGAGCCCGCUCGGUUUACAUCUAAAAAAAAGUCCAUCUUUUUUGGAUUUGAUCCAAAUGAAGCUAUCUGAAGAAAACUCUGUUAAAUUGGCUACUUUAGGCAAGAGAGGUCACAAGGGAACUACCGCUUCCGGUGCUUCGGAUAAGCUCAAGGCUAUGAAUUUCCCGGCUUCCCUUCUAAGGAUUGGGACUUGGGAGUAUAAGUCAAGAUAUGAAGGAGAUCUAGUGGCAAAGUGUUAUUUUGCAAAGCAUAAACUUGUGUGGGAAGUCCUUGAUGGUAGUCUAAAGAACAAGAUGGAAAUUCAGUGGUCAGAUGUUGUGGCUCUCAAGGCAAAUUACCCAGAUGAUGGACCAGGGACUUUGGAUGUUGUGCUUGCUAGACCGCCUCUUUUCUUUAGAGAGACCAAUCCACAACCUAGGAAACAUACCUUGUGGCAGGCAACAUCAGAUUUUACUGCUGGGCAGGCCACUUUAAACAGGCGCCAUUUUCUGCAGUGCCCACAAGGCUUGCUUUUUGGCAAGCAUUUCGAAAAGCUUAUUCAGUGUGAUCCUCGUCUCAACUUCUUAAGCCAACAGCCCGAAAUUGUGUUAGAAUCUCCAUUUUUCGAUGCUAGAGUUACAGUAUCAGGUGACCCUGAUGAAUAUGGACGUCGGUUUGGUCCAAAAAAUGAGGAGGGGCCUGCUAUAUUUGGUUUGCAGGAUUCAGCAUCACCUUCUGGAACUCACUCGCCACCGUGUAAAGAUGAACGAGAUUUUAUUGGUAGAGGUCCUGAAAAUUAUUCCCAGGAAAUUUCAUCUCCUAGCUCAGUGAUGGACACCCCUGCAAUUGAUAAAAUUGGGAGCUUUGGAGCUGAAACCUCAAAGACGCCCAGCAAUUUUAAUCAAAUGAAAGUUCCUGGACUUCCCAUGUCGAUGUCAAUGAGCGAUUUCGUAAGCCACAUUGGACAAUGCAUUUCUGGAAAGAUAUCUGGCAAGGAGCAACCUAGCAGAGAUGUUUUGGAGGAGAUUACUCAAUACUUGUUCAAUGACUCGCAAUUCACCUUACCCUCAGAUGAGCAAUACGUCAUGUCAAGGGUCAAUUCCCUUUAUUGCCUUUUGCAGAAGGAUCCUUCUACAACACUAAACUUGCAAGCCAAAACUGAUGACUGCUUUGAUGUAAAUGAUAAUGGGAAAACAGCUGAAACUAACUCCGCAUCUGCAUCAGCUUAUGAGAGUAAGGUUUCAGAUGGUUUUCUUGCACCUAAGGACGAGUCCAAUGAAGGUAAGUCCAGUGCUGUUCCAAAUGAUGAUGACAAUAAGCAGGAACUGACGAUGCCAAGAAGGGACUCAUUUGGGGAGCUUCUUCUAAAUAUUCCUAGGAUAGCAUCCCUUCCUCAGUUUCUUUUUAACUGGUCAUAA